ACGGUAGAGGGGACCACCUUCUAAGCUAUACCUAAGAGGCACUUUAUUUAAUGGCAAAUCUAAUGAAUAAAAUUUUAGAUCAUCUCCGGAAGACUUUUGUUAUUUUUUAACUUCUAUCUUCCUUGCAGUUGUAGAAAACACAUCUUCUUUGGAUUAUCAUCUGGUAUCAUAGUCAAGUUGAUCAGAUGGUUAUCUCAAUCCAACCUACCGUCCCACUUUUUCAAGGAAAUGGAUAUGAUAGUUGGAGCAUAAAGAUGAGGACUCUUUUUAUCUCCGAAGAUCUGUGGGAGCUUGUGGAUAAGGGUUAUGCAGAAGAGGAAAUUCCAAGAGAUGCUAUGAGAGAUGUACGAAAGAAUGAUGCCAAGGCAUUGUUUUUUAUUCAACAAGCAAUCACAGACAGCAUUUUUCCUCAAAUUUCAAAGGCAACGAAGUCUAAGGAAGCAUGGGACACUUUGCAAACAAAAUAUCAAAGCACAAGCCUGGUUGCAGCUCAAGAUGGAGAUGGCAGCCAAACUGACAUCCCAGUCAUGGAUGACUCUGUGUAUAAGGCAGCAGCGAAGGGCGACAUUGAAGUUCUGAAGAAAAUUCCAGAGUCCCAAUUUCAUGCCCAAUUAACCCCAAAGCAUAACACGAUACUCCACAUCGCAAGUGAAUUCGGUCAAACAGAGUGUGUGAAAUGGAUCCUUACGUUGCCUGCAUGUUCAUCUCUACUGCAAUGCCCUAAUCUGAACGGGGACACUGUGCUUCACCUUGCAGCAAGGGAAGGGCAUUUGAAGGUCGUGGAAGCUCUUCUAGAACCUACCCUAGAUAUUGAAACUGGAGUUGGAGAAGAUAAGGAGAUGUUGAUCGGGAUGACAAAUAAGGGGAAAAACACAGCCUUGCAUGAGGCAGUGCGAUUUAACCAUUCUGAUGUGGUGGAGUCAUUGAUUGAGAAGGACCCCAGGUUUAACUAUCGUGCUAAUGAUUCAGGUACGACUCCUCUUUACAUGGCUGCGGAGAGAGGACUUACAGGCUUGGUGGUACUAAUCAUAGACAAAAGUAGUACUUCACCCUCUUACCAUGGCUUAAUGGGUAGAACGGCCUUGCACGCUGCUGUAUUAUGCAAUAAUGAAGCAAUGACAAAUAAGAUACUUGAAUGGAAGCCAGACCUCACCAAAGAAGUAGAUAAGAAUGGGUGGUCUCCACUUCACUAUGCUGCAGAGAGAGGUUGUGAUCUGAAAAUAGUGGAGCUAUUGCUAAGUAAGUCAGAAAAGAGUGUAGCCUACCUUAGGAGCAAAGAUGGGAAGAAGACUGCCCUUCAUAUUGCAUCUUUCCACCAUCAUACAAAAAUAGUAGAGGAGAUCCUAUCUCACUCUCCUGGUUGUCGGGAGCAGGUCGAUGACAAGGGCAAUAAUAUUUUUCACUUUGCCAUGAUGAAAAAGGGUGACCGGUACGAUGAUUUUAAGCCUAGUAAUUACUUCGACAAUAAAUGGUUAGGGUCAAGAGGACCUGUAAAUGGGCCAGGAGGAUUUGUAAAUGGGCCAAGAGGACUUGUAAAUGAGAAAAAUGCUCAAGGAAACACACCCAUCCAUCUGCUCUCUCUUAAUCAAAUUUCAGAUUCUUGGUUUGUAUGGAAUGAAAAAGUGGAUAAGAAGGCGUACAACAAUGAAGACUUGACAGGUUAUGACAUAAUUUUGAGGGCGGACAUUUCCGAGAAAAAGGAAAAUAUCCAAGUUGCCUUCGAGUAUGUUAUGACUGAAAGUCGUUCUUCGGUUACGGAGAAGGAAACUAAGAGACGGGAGAGAAAGAAAGAAAGGAAAGAAUACAUCUCUCAAUUACAAAAACAAGGGGAAACCCAUUUGAUAGUUUCUGCGCUUAUAACAACAGUAACUUUUGCUGCGGGUUUCACCUUGCCCGGUGGUUACAAAGAGGAUGAUGGCCAGGCAAUUUUAUCAAAGAAAGCAGCCUUCAGAGCAUUUGUUGUGACGGAUACCAUAGCCAUGGUAUCUUCACUAUGCGCCGUAUUGCUUCACUUUUUUAUGACCAUGCGCCAACGUGGGGAGUACCUUGAAAAACACUUACUUUGGGCCUUUAGUUUGACCAUGGUUGGGAUGGGAGCAAUGGCCAUCGCUUUCGCAACCGGCUCGUACGCUGUUUUACCGCAUUCCUCGGGCCUUUCAUUUCUCACUUGCAUCAUCUGCUCUUGCUUUUUCCUCUCCAUUGCAGUUGAAUAUUGUUUAUUUUGGAGAGGUACGAUUUCGGAAUUCACAAUCAAAAUAAUCCACAAAAUCCUCCUUGCUUCUGAAAGAAAAGAAAAUGCAGAUGCGUAGAUGAGGGCUCCCGAAUCGAUCCUAGUCUUUAUAAUCCACUAUUUCUUGGGUUGGAUCAAAAGACUUUUUCGGGCUAAGCAAUAUAUCAGAUUAGUCAAUGGAUACAAUUGUGAAUAUGAAUAAUGUUAGUGUUUAUUGUAAAUUUGGA